AUGUUCUGUGUAUUUUCUAGUGUGCCCAGUGAUUAGCGCGUUCUCGUUGUUAUUUUAACUCGUGUUGCUGACCCUUUGCCUGUACAACGAGUGCUCUAUUGCCUAUGCCCAUUUGGAUAUGUUUGCCUGCUUUUGGACUGUCUACCAGUGUACCGAAUCCUGCUAAUAACAGAAGAUGGAUCCCAAUGUGUUUGUUUCUGAGCACAACCCAUCGUAUGACCCUUUGAAGGAGUUAUCACAGUUGUUGAUGAGCUGCACAGGGAUGCCACAACUCAAUGCAGGUGGUCUUCAAAGAAAAACAAAAAAAGACAACCGAAGUGACAGAGAAAAAUGUGGGCGUGACCAAGUUACAACAAAGACUCUUGAUAAGUCCAAACCAACAUGCCUUGCCAAGAAACCUGAUCCAUGUGGAAGUGUCUCCACUGAUUUGGUGCAACAGCAGACAAAAGAGUUCUUCUUUUAUCGUUGUCAAAAAUGUGGGAAGGGUUACAAUGAGAAGGAAGAAUAUAAAGAACACAUGAAUGAAAUGCAUCCUGUAGAGAAGAAGCAUCACUGCACAGAGUGUGGCAAAAGCUUCACUGUGGCCUGUCUACUACUCGAGCACCAAAGAAUCCACACUGGUGAGAAGCCAUAUGAUUGCCAAGAGUGUGGGAAAUUAUUUUCUUCAAAAAAGUGCCUCAGGAUUCAUCAAAGAAUGCAUACUGGAGAGAAGCCAUACUACUGCAAAGAGUGUGGGAAGAGCUUCAGAGAACAACAAUAUUUGACAAUACACAAACGAAUACACAGUGGAGAGAAGCCAUACAAAUGUUCCUACUGUGAGAAAAGUUUUGCUCAGAAUUCUGCUCUUAAAGUGCAUGUGAGGCAGCAUACUGGAGAGAAGCCAUAUAGUUGCAAAGUGUGUGGAAGGUGUUUUGUUUCAUUUACCAGCUGUCAACAACAUGAAAGGAACCAUACUGGACACAAACCCCAUUUAUGCAGAGAGUGUGGAAAUACUUUUUCUACAAGCUGGAAUUUGCAGAAGCACAUGAGGGUUCACACUGGCGAGAAGCCGUACAUUUGCAAUGUAUGUGGAAAGUGUUUUGCUUCAAUUUCAAAUUGUCAAACACAUCAGAAGACACACACUUCAAAGGAGUCAUGACAUUUUUCUUCUCGUCGACGACAUCGCCUUGUUUCCAG